UCCCUGGGGCCGCCCCCUCCCUGGAAGGAUGCGCUUCUGACAACCAACCAGGCAGCCACGGAGAGCCCUUCGCGCCACUCGCUCGCCUGCCUCCGAGGUGCCAGAGCCAAGGCGGAGGACAAGCUGAAGGAGUUUAGAGUCGCUCUCCUUCCCAGCCAGCCGGGAGAGGAUUGGGAACACGCGCGGGGCGGGGGACCCCCGAGAUCCCUCUGCCUUCUCCUGAUCGUGAGAACGCCGCCGCCCAGACCUGCCCUGGAGAGCAGGGGAUGCAGCCCGCCGGACCACUCGCCCUCUAGGACUCCAUGGUGGACAUGGGCAGAGCUCUGACAAACACCCUGGUGCUGUCCAUGGUGCUGGGCUGUUCGGCUGUCCUCAUGGAUACUUUGUUGCCAAGCCCCGACGAACCAGUGGUCAACGUGGCGGUGGUUUUCGGAGGAUCUUCAUACCCUCUCCACAUCCGCAGCCGGCUGACGCACCAAAGCUUCUUGGACAUGCCUCUAGAGAUUCAUCCCGUCACCGUGGUAGUGAAUGACACCAAUCCCAGCACUCUCCUGACCCAGAUCUGCGAUAUGCUCUCCAGCACAAAGAUCCAUGGGAUUGUCUUUGAGGACAACAUCGGCACGGAAGCUGUGGCACAGAUUCUUGACUUCAUCUCAUCCCAGACUCACAUACCCAUCAUUAGUAUCAGUGGAGGAUCUGCUGUGGUCCUGACACCCAAGGAGCCUGGCUCUGCUUUUCUACAGCUGGGUGUCUCCAUCGAACAGCAGAUCCAGGUGAUCUUCAAAGUUCUGGAGGAAUAUGACUGGAGCUCCUUUGCUGUUAUCACCAGCCUAUAUCCCGGAUACAGUGUCUUCCUGGAUGUGAUACGUUCCUUCACCGAUGCCAGCUAUUUUGGCUGGGAGAUCCAGGACAUCCUGACCUUUGAGAUGAGCCCAGAUGACAGCAACUCCAAAAUUCAGAGGUUGCUGCGUCAGUUAGAUGCACAAGUGAUUAUUGUGUACUGCUCCCGAGAGGAGGCAGAAUACCUCUUCCAGAUGGCAGAGCAGGCGGGCUUGAUUGGACCUGGCUAUGUCUGGAUUGUGCCUAGUCUGACGGUGGGCAACAUGGAUGUCCCACCCCUCUCUUUCCCCAUUGGCCUCAUCAGCAUAGUCACAGAGAGCUGGAAAAUGAGCCUGAGGCAAAAGGUCCGGGAUGGUGUGGCUAUCAUUGCCCUCGGAGCAGAGAGCUAUUUCAAGACCCACGGCUACCUCCCCAUGGUGGGCAGAGACUGCAGCAGCAAGAACCCUUCAAGUGUGCCCACAAACAACACUUUCUACAGGCAUUUGCUCAAUGUGACCUGGGAACACAGGGAUUUCUCCUUCAACGAAGGCGGCUACUUGGUGAGACCCACCAUGGUGGUGAUUUCGCUGAACCGACACAGGCUCUGGGAGAUGGUGGGGAAAUGGGAGAAAGGGAUCAUCCACAUGAAGUACCCAGUGUGGCCACGCUACGGAUCCUUCCUGCAGCCCAUGGCAGACAAUCGCCACCUCACAGUAGCCACCCUUGAGGAAAGGCCCUUCGUGAUUGUGGAGAAGACAGACCCAACCACUGGUGUGUGCGUCCGCAAUACUGUCCCCUGCCGGAAGCAGACCAAUACCACGGAAAGUGGGGAUGAACCUAUGGACCCCUAUACCAAGCUUUGCUGCAAAGGCUUUUGUAUUGAUAUCCUCAAGAAGCUAGCCAAGACGGUCAAAUUCUCCUACGAUCUCUACCUGGUGACAAAUGGGAAACAUGGGAAAAUAGUAGAUGGCUUCUGGAACGGCAUGAUUGGUGAGGUGUAUUACAAGCGAGCAGACAUGGCCAUUGGGUCUCUCACCAUCAAUGAGGAGCGCUCACAAAUUGUAGAUUUCUCCGUGCCCUUUGUGGAGACUGGGAUCAGUGUCAUGGUAGCCAGAAGCAACGGGACCGUCUCACCCUCUGCUUUUCUAGAACCCUACAGUCCGGCUGUGUGGGUGAUGAUGUUUGUGAUGUGUCUCACUGUCGUUGCUAUCACGGUCUUCAUGUUUGAAUAUUUCAGCCCUGUUGGCUACAACCAGAAUUUAACCAGUGGCAAAAAAUCCGGGGGACCUUCCUUCACUAUUGGCAAGUCAGUCUGGCUGCUGUGGGCUCUGGUUUUUAACAAUUCCGUCCCCAUUGAAAACCCCAAAGGAACUACCAGCAAGAUCAUGGUGCUCAUCUGGGCUUUCUUUGCUGUCAUCUUCCUGGCCAGCUACACUGCUAACUUGGCAGCAUUCAUGAUCCAGGAGCAAUAUAUUGAUACUGUCUCUGGGCUGAGCGAUAAGAAGUUCCAGAGGCCCCAGGAGCAGUAUCCCCCAUUCCGGUUUGGAACAGUUCCCAACGGCAGCACAGAGCGGAACAUUCGGAGCAACUACCAUGAUAUGCACUCCCACAUGGUGAAAUACAACCAGCGCUCAGUGGAGGAUGCCCUAAUCAGCCUCAAAAUGGGAAAGCUGGACGCUUUUAUAUAUGAUGCUGCAGUGCUCAACUACAUGGCAGGCAAGGAUGAAGGUUGCAAGCUGGUCACCAUUGGCAGUGGAAAGGUCUUUGCCACCACUGGCUAUGGCAUUGCCCUCCAGAAGGACUCCAGGUGGAAGAGGCCCAUUGAUCUAGCCCUGCUGCAGUUCUUGGGAGAUGGUGAAACCCAGAAGCUGGAAACGGUCUGGUUGUCAGGCAUCUGCCAAAAUGAAAAGAACGAGGUGAUGAGCAGCAAGCUUGAUAUUGACAACAUGGCGGGAGUAUUCUACAUGCUGCUGGUGGCCAUGGGGCUGAGCCUGCUAGUCUUUGCCUGGGAACACCUGGUGUAUUGGAAGCUGCGACAUUCUGUCCCUAAGUCGAACAAGCUUGAUUUCCUUCUGGCUAUAAGCAGGGGCAUUUAUAGCUGUUUUAAUGGAGUCCAGAAUCUGGAGAGUCCCGUCCGCGUUCACAAACCGGAUGUCACUGCUAACUCUGCUCAAGCCAAUGUGCUGAAGAUGCUGCAGGCUGCCAAGAACAUGGUGUCAACAGCCAGUGUUGGGAACUCACUGGAGAAUGCUACCCGCACCAUUGAGAACUGGUCUAACAGGAGUGAAAACCUCCAAACCACCUUCUCCUUAAGGCCUCCUCAGCUUGUGGUUCAAAACACCAGUGGGCCUAACAGGACAGCUCAUUCCUCCAGUGCAGCAGCAACAGCCACUGAGAAGCUUGGGAGGCCGAUUCCACCAUCGCUUCCUGAACCCCAUCAAACCUUGGUGCCAGCCAGCGAAAACUGGAGGGGGACAGUUGAGCAACCACAGAUACUUCAUCCGCUGAAGUUCCGAGGCAGCUAUUCUGAGGAUAAGGUCCUUCCAGGUUCCAUCGUGAACAGCUCCCCACACUAUCCUCAGACGCAUUUCAGAAACCACGUGCCACUCGGAAACCACCUUAGUGCUGCUCCCCACUCCCCAAUAAGGUCUCCUAGAGAGAUUCCUCCACCUGAGCAUAAGCUCCCUGUGGCCAGAGGGCAUGGGAAAGAAAGGUUCCAUCAGAACGUUCACCUGGUGUACGGAGAAGGUGGCCAUGACCGUUCAGCCCAGGUUGCAAGGCUGGUUUCCACUCCUGAGAAGCGAAAGGAGUUGGAAAUCCCCUUCUUGCCUCAUGCCUGUGUGCAUAAUUCCUUCCCCAAAGCUGACAGGACUUGCAGACCCUUUGCAUAUAAAGAACCUGACCCAGUAGAGCUAAGGAGAGAGAAGCAGAACCAUAGAGCUAAGCCUUCCAGGUCAGCCUGGGAGCAGCACGAGAGACCCCAGUCUCUAGGCAUCUGGAAGCACCAUGGGAAGUCCCCUGCCUGUGGGGAUGUGCCAGACCUCUUCCCCAAAGCUGGCCUGGCACCAAAACCAACAACAGUGCCUGGAAUCCAUCAUGGAAUCCAUCACUAUCCCCCCAAUGCCCUUAGACCAAGCUAUAAAUGCAGUAGGAAGUAUGUGGAAGCCAAUGGUUUACCUUGGAAGGACCAACGGCUGCUGCCUUCACAAUCCACAAAGCUCCCCUCGUACCGAGAGGCCUGCCUACAGAACACCUCAGGCAUGCACAGGGCUUCUUCCACAGUGGUGCACAAGCAGUAUGCCUACCUGAACUCUUACACAAAUCUGCCUAUUUACUGGGGGCGCCUUUACCAGGGCUCUCCUCAACUGUGUGGACAGUCCAGUGCUGCUCAGCACUGCUUCACUCGCACUCCCUGGUCCCCUUGCAGCAGGGAUUUCUUGGUCCACGAGGAUGGUCAGAGAACCAUGUACUUUGGUAGCACAUACAGAGACUGCAGGGACCGGAGCCAAGUGGAUCCAACAUUUCUUCAGAUGGUCAAUACUGAGAGCAGGGACUUCCUGACAACCCAGAGGAUGCACAGCCCUUAUGCAGCACGAUCGUGGAGGCGUAUAUCUAGCCUAGAGUCUGAAGUCUGACCAUGGAAAGGGGAGGCAGUGAUGCUAGGGCCUGUUGUUCCUUGAGUUGUACCUGCUAUUGUUCACAUAUGUUGGAGACCACUCAUUUGGGGCCAACCCUAGGAAAUGACCUCAAUACGGGCAAGUGACAGACCUUCCAAAUGACCAGCCUGCUUCUCCUUACUAAGCUGGUAUCAACAGAAAGACCUUGCGUCUCUUCUGCACUGACCUGGAUCCAUGUGAGAGCAAGUGACCUUUCUCCUUCAUCAUCUAUGGAUGGACCCAUGAACGAAGGAGCAGCAGCAGUUGAAGGCACUUUAAGGACUGAAUUCCAAAGUCUUCCAUUGCACUGGGACACUCAUCACGUGCAAGCAGACCGUCUUGGUGGUGAUUCACUGUCAGUCAUGCUGCCUCUGUGGAUAGCUUAAGAAGCAUCAGUUCCAAUGUCAACCAUUCACAUUUCCGUGCCACUUAUCUUUCAGAGCAUGCUGUCUGUGACACAGCUGGAGUCGCCCAACGGCCUCCGAAUAAAGAUUAAGACUACCUUGCUUUCCCAUAUGCACUGAUAUUAAUGGGGACUGUAUAAAGGACUUGCAGGCACAUAGUAGGAUAUUUUUAGUGUUUUACAUUACUUUCUGGUUCCUCGUAAAAAGCUCAAAAUGCCAAAACAGAGGUUAUUAAAGACACACUUCUUAAAAUGUAUCCACUCCC